AAGCGAGCGGACAUUUCCUCUACCUGACUGAAUUAGGGCUGAAUUUGUUCCUGACUCCUUCUCCAUCUGUGCAAGGGCACCUAAAAGUGGAGGAAAAUGUCAGACAAGAUGUCUAGUUUCCUCCAUAUUGGGGACAUUUGUUCCUUGUAUGCUGAGGGCUCCACCAAUGGCUUUAUCAGCACCUUGGGCCUGGUGGAUGAUCGCUGUGUUGUGCAGCCAGAAGCCGGUGAUCUUAACAACCCCCCUAAGAAGUUCAGAGACUGUCUGUUUAAGCUCUGUCCUAUGAAUCGGUACUCGGCACAGAAACAAUUUUGGAAGGCAGCAAAACCUGGCGGAAACAACACUACAGACACAGUCCUCCUCAACAAACUGCAUCAUGCUGCUGAUCUAGAGAAGAAACAAAAUGAAUCUGAGAACAGAAAGCUGUUGGGGACGGUGAUUCAGUAUGGCAAUGUCAUUCAGCUUUUGCAUUUAAAAAGUAACAAGUACCUGACAGUAAAUAAGCGCCUUCCUGCAUUGCUGGAGAAGAAUGCCAUGCGUGUUACUCUAGACUCGGCCGGAAACGAGGGCUCCUGGUUCUACAUCCAGCCUUUCUACAAGCUCCGUUCUAUAGGAGACAGUGUGGUGAUUGGGGACAAAGUUGUAUUGAACCCUGUAAAUGCCGGACAGCCUCUCCAUGCCAGCAGCCAUCAGCUGGUGGAUAAUCCAGGGUGCAACGAGGUUAAUUCAGUAAACUGCAACACUAGCUGGAAAAUAGUCUUGUUUAUGAAAUGGAGUGACAACAAAGAGGUCAUUCUUAAGGGGGGUGAUGUGGUGCGACUGUUUCAUGCUGAACAGGAAAAGUUCCUGACAUGUGACGAUUACAGAAAGAAGCAGUAUGUCUUCCUCCGAACCACUGGGCGCCAGUCUGCCACCUCUGCCACCAGCAGCAAGGCACUGUGGGAAGUAGAGGUGGUUCAGAACGACCCAUGCCGUGGUGGCGCUGGCUACUGGAACAGCCUGUUCAGGUUUAAGCACCUGGCCACAGGACACUACCUGGCCGCAGAGGUGAGUAGCGAGGUAAAUCCAGACUAUUCAGAGGAAGAGUCUCAGGAAUCACGUUUCUCGCUGGACCUGGAGCACGAUGCGCUGCGAGCUCGUCUGCACACGCCCAACGAGAAAGUCAUGUACACCCUUAUCUCUGUACCCGACGGCAAUGACGUCUCCUCCAUCUUUGAGCUUGACCCUACAACACUCAGAGGAGGUGAUUCUUUGGUACCCAGGAACUCGUAUGUGCGUUUGCGGAACCUGUGCACAAACACAUGGGUUCACAGCACCAACAACCCCAUCGACAAGGAGGAAGAGAAACCUGUCAUGCUUCGGAUUGGUACGUCUGCAAUCAAAGAAGACAAAGAGGCCUUUGCCAUAGUGCCCGUCCCCCCUGCUGAGGUCAGAGACUUGGACUUUGCCAAUGAUGCCAGUAAAGUACUGGCAUCUAUUGCUGGGAAACUGGAGAAGGGCACCAUCACACAGAACGAGAGGAGGUUUGUGACCAAGCUGCUGGAGGAUUUGGUGUUCUUUGUGGUGGACAUUCCUAACAGUGGACAAGAUGUGCUGGAGAUUAUGGUCAACAAACCGAACCGUGAGCGUCAGAAGGUUAUGCGGGAACAGAACAUCCUCAAACAGAUCUUCAAGCUCCUUCAGGCUCCCUUUACAGACAGUGGUGAUGGUCCUAUGCUCAGACUGGAGGAGCUGGGCGAUCAAAGACACGCACCGUUCAGGCACAUCUGCCGACUGUGCUACAGAGUGCUCCGCCACUCCCAGCAGGACUACCGGAAGAAUCAGGAGUACAUUGCCAAGCAGUUUCGGUUUAUGCAGAAGCAGAUUGGUUACGAUGUGCUGGCCGAAGACACCAUCACUGCUCUUCUACACAACAACCGCAAGCUUCUCGAAAAGCACAUCACCGCGGCUGAAAUUGACACCUUUGUCAGCCUUGUGAGAAAAAACCGAGAGCCCAGGUUUCUAGAUUACCUUUCCGAUCUGUGUGUGUCCAUGAAUAAAUCCAUCCCUGUCACUCAGGAGCUGAUUUGUAACGCAGUGCUGGACCCGGCCAAUGCCGACAUCCUUAUAGAGACCAAGCUGGUUUUAUCUCACUUUGAGAUUGAGGCAUCCACUGUUGGAGAGCUUUCAGUGGAGUCCGAGCUGGAUGAGGAGGAGGUGUGGUUGUUUUGGAAGGACAGCACUAAGGAUACGCGCAGCAAGAGCAUCAGGGAGCUGGCGCAGGAUGCCAGGGAGGGUCAAAAGGAGGACCAGGAGGUUGUUGGCUACUACAGGUACCAGCUGAACCUGUUUGCCCGCAUGUGCCUCGACCGCCAGUAUUUGGCCAUUAACAAAAUCUCAGGGCAGCUGGACGUGGAUUUGAUCCUGCGCUGUAUGUCAGAUGAGGACCUGCCCUACGACCUGCGUGCCUCCUUCUGUCGCCUCAUGCUGCACAUGCAUGUGGACCGUGACCCCCAGGAGCCAGUAACGCCUGUCAAAUACGCCCGCCUGUGGUCUGAGAUCCCCUCCAAGAUUGCCAUUAAUGAUUACGAUAAUGACGGCACCACUAGAGAUGAAAUUAAGGAGCGGUUUGCUCUCACCAUGGAGUUUGUGGAGAACUACCUGAGAGAUGUAGUUUGUCAAAAUAUUCCUUUCUCAGACAGGGAGAAAAACAAGCUCACAUUUGAGGUUGUGAACUUGGCGAGGAACCUUAUCUAUUUUGGCUUCUACAGCUUUAGUGACUUGCUCCGGCUGACUAAGAUCCUGCUAGCCAUACUGGACUGUGUGCAUGUCAGCACAAUAUAUCCCAUCAACAAAUUAGAGAAAGGAGACGAGAACAAAGGCAGUAACGUUAUGAAGUCCAUCCAUGGUGUUGGGGAACUGAUGACCCAGGUAGUGUUGAGAGGAGGUAGUCCAACAACCUGCACUCCUGCAGCACCCCCUGAUACAGAAGUGGGCAAGACCCAGAAGGAACCUGAGAAGGAAGACAUCCUCGUGAUGGACACCAAGCUUAAGAUUAUUGAGAUCCUACAGUUUAUCCUGAAUGUGCGCUUGGACUACAGGAUCUCUUGUCUGCUGUGCAUUUUUAAAAAGGAGUUUGAUGUUAGCACCACUCAGACUGAAACUAUGACUAAUGCUAAUGGAAAUGCUAGUGCUAAUGGUACCACUACAGCUACCCCCAAUGGGGAAGGACCCAAUAUAAUCCCAGCACUAGAUUUUGAGAAAAUUGAAGAGCAAGCUGAGGGAAUCUUUGGUGCGAGUGAGGAAAACACACCACUGGACCUUGAUGACCAUGGAGGCAGAACGUUCCUGAGGGUUCUUCUGCAUCUCACCAUGCAUGACUACCCUCCACUGGUUUCUGGAGCGUUACACCUGCUUUUCAGACACUUUAGUCAGAGACAGGAGGUUCUCAUGGCCUUUAAACAGGUCCAGCUGUUAGUGACCAGUCAGGACGUCGAUAAUUACAAGCAGAUUAAGUCCGACCUGGAUCAACUGCGCUCUAUUGUGGAGAAGUCUGAGCUGUGGGUGUACAAGCGACAGGGAGAGGAUGCUAUAGACGGAGGCGAUGGUCCUGCUGAAUCUGAGCACAAAAAGAAGGGUGACUCGAGUGACACAGACAAGAAUAAAAUGGAGAGCACGAGCAGUUAUAAUUACAGGGUGGUCAAGGAGAUCCUGAUAAGGCUCAGUAGGCUGUGUGUGCAGGAGGGGGUUUCAGGGAAGAAGAGCAUGAAACAGCAGCAGAGGCUGCUGAGGAAUAUGGGAGCUCACUCAGUGGUGCUCGAGCUGCUUCAGAUCCCCUAUGAGAAGGGUGAGGACGUCCUAAUGCAGGAGAUCAUGAAGCUGGCUCAUGAGUUCCUCCAGAAUUUCUGUGCUGGGAAUCAGCAGAAUCAGGCUUUGCUCCACAAGCACAAUAAUCUUUUCCUUAACCCAGGGAUCCUAGAGGCCGUCACCAUGCAGCACAUCUUCAUGAAUAACUUCCAGCUGUGCAGUGAAAUUAAUGAUCGCGUGGUGCAGCACUUUGUGCACUGCAUCGAGUCUCACGGUCGACACGUGCAGUACCUCAAGUUCCUGCAGACCAUUGUCAAGGCGGAGAACAAGUUCAUCAAGAAGUGCCAGGAUAUCGUGAUGGCUGAGCUGGUGAACGCAGGUGAGGACGUGCUGGUGUUCUACAACGACCGGGCUUCGUUCCAGACGCUCGUGCAGAUGAUGCGCUCAGAGCGAGACCGACUGGAUGCCAACAGCCAACUCAUGUACCACAUUCACCUGGUGGAGCUGCUGGCCGUCUGCACCGAGGGCAAGAACGUCUACACCGAGAUUAAGUGCAACUCACUGCUGCCUCUGGAUGAUAUUGUUCGUGUGGUCACCAACGAUGACUGCAUCCCUGAGGUGAAGAUUGCAUAUAUUGAUUUUCUAAACCAUUGCUACGUGGACACCGAGGUGGAGAUGAAGGAGAUCUACACAAGCAACCAUAUGUGGAAGCUUUUUGAGAACUUCCUAGUUGACAUAUGCAGGGUCUGCAACAGCACAAGCGACCGCAAACAUGCUGACUCCACACUGGAGCGCUAUGUUACCGAGACGAUCAUGAGCAUCGUCACUACUUUCUUCAGCUCGCCCUUUUCCGAUCAGAGCACCAGUUUACAGACCCGUCAGCCGGUCUUUGUGCAGCUGUUGCAGGGUGUUUUCCGGGUGUUCCACUGUAACUGGCUCACACCCACCCAGAAGGCAUCAGUGGAGAGCUGCAUUAAAGUCCUGUCUGACGUGGCCAAAAGUCGGGCGAUUGCCAUCCCUGUGGAUUUAGACAGCCAGGUGAACAAUCUGUUUGUGAAAUCUAAUAAUGUGGUUCAGAAGACCAUUCUGAACUGGAGGAUGUCUGCUCGCAAUGCGUCCAGACGAGACUCCACGCUCACCACAUCCAAAGACUACAGGAACAUCAUCGAGAGGCUGCAGGACAUCGUAUCUGCACUAGAGGACCGGCUGAGACCGCUGGUGCAGGCUGAGCUCUCUGUACUCGUAGAUGUCCUGCACAGACCUGAACUGCUCUUCCCUGAGAACACAGAGGCUCGCAAAAAGUGUGAGAGCGGCGGCUUUAUCUCGAAGCUGAUAAAACACACCAAGCAGCUUUUAGAGGAGAAUGAGGAGCGACUGUGCAUUAAAGUCCUUCAGACUCUCAGAGAAAUGAUGACAAAAGACCGGGGUUACGGAGAGAAGCUGGUCCCUCCUCCUGAGCCCGAGGGCCCUGUUGAGGACCUUGAUCCCAACCAGCCCCAGAAGCAGAUGGAGGAUCAGAAGCGGGGUGAAGCUUUGAGGCAGAUCCUGGUCAACCGUUACUAUGGCAACUUUAAGCCAGGAGGGAGGCGAGACAGCCUGACCAGCUUCAGCAACGGACCCCUUGGCACCGGGGCACAAUGUAAAGCCGCUACAGCAGCUGGGAGUACCGUGGGUGCUCGCGGGGAGAUAAGCCUGGCAGAGGUGCAGUGCCAUCUGGAUAAAGAGGGAGCGUCUGACCUGGUCAUCGACCUCAUCAUGAACGCCACCAGUGACCGAAUCUUCCAGGAGAGCAUCCUGCUGGCCAUCGCCCUGCUGGAGGGGGGAAACCCCGUCAUUCAGAGAUCGUUCUUCAUCCGACUGACCCGGGACAAUAAGUCAGAGAAGUUCUUUAAGGUCUUCUAUGAGCGGAUGAAGCUGGCACAGCAGGAGAUCAAAGCCACUGUGACGGUCAACACCAGUGACCUGGGCAGCAAGCGCAAAGACGAGGACACGUCCGAUAAGGAGGCACCCGCUAAAAAGAAAGUGAAGGAUGUCACUACGGUCACAGAGGAGGUUCGCGAGCAGCUCCUGGAAGCUUCUGCGGCCACAAAGAAGGCGUUCACCUCGUACCGCCGCGAGGUGGAUUCGGACGAGCACCUGAGUGGCGGCGAGGUCCAGUCGAGUUUAGGAGAGAAGAACCAGGACGAGAACGAGAUGAGCGUCAUCAUCACCAUCAUGCAGCCCAUCCUGAGGCUCAUGCAGCUGCUCUGUGAAAACCACAACCGUGAGCUGCAGAACUUCCUGCGCUGCCAGAACAACAAGAACAAUUACAACCUGGUGUGUGAAACCCUGCAGUUUCUGGACUGCAUCUGCGGCAGCACUACAGGAGGCCUGGGUCUCCUGGGGCUCUACAUCAAUGAGAAGAACGUGGCUCUUAUCAACCAGACUGUCGAGAGUCUCACAGAGUACUGCCAAGGUCCCUGCCACGAGAACCAGAACUGCAUCGCUACUCACGAGUGUAACGGCAUUGACAUCAUCAUAGCCCUGAUUCUGAACGACAUUAACCCUCUGGGUAAGAAGAGGAUGGACCUUGUACUCGAACUGAAGAACAACGCCUCCAAGUUACUUUUGGCCAUCAUGGAAAGUCGGCAUGACAGUGAGAAUGCGGAGCGGAUACUGUACAAUAUGAGGCCUAAAGAACUGGUGGAGGUGAUAAAAAAGGCCUAUAUGCAGGGAGAGGUGGAGGUGGAGCACUCCGAGGAAGACGGGGAGGGUGAGGAAGAGCACGCCGCCUCGCCGCGCAACGUCGGCCACAACAUUUACAUUCUGGCACAUCAGCUGGCCAGACAUAACAAGGAGCUGCAGGCCAUGCUGAAGGCAGGAGGAACGUAUGGUGAGGGCGACGAAGCCCUGGAGUUCUACGCCAAACACACAGCUCAAAUUGAGAUUGUGCGCCUGGACCGCACCAUGGAGCAGAUUGUCUUUCCUGUGCCCAACAUCUGCGAGUUCCUCACGCAGGAGUCCAAGCUGCGCGUGUACUACACGACCGAGCGGGACGAGCAAGGCAGCAAGAUCAACGACUUCUUCCUGCGCUCAGAAGAUCUUUUUAACGAGAUGAAUUGGCAGAAGAAACUGCGAGGUACUCAAGAGACCUCUGGUAGCGCAGACUCCGUGCCCUCUCAGCCUAUUUUGUACUGGUGUUCAAGGAACAUGUCCUUCUGGAGCAGCAUCUCCUUCAACCUGGCCGUCCUGAUGAACCUGCUAGUGGCCUUCUUCUACCCACUGGAGGGGGACCACAAAGGUACGCUUGAAUCUCAUUGGUCGGCGCUGUUAUGGCUGGCCAUGCUGGUGUCCGUGGCCAUCGUGAUCGUCCUGCCGCAGCCUCACGGGAUCCGAGCCCUCAUCGCGUCCACCAUCCUGCGACUCAUCUUCUCUGUCGGCCACGAACCCACGCUCUUUCUGCUCGGGGCCUUCAACGUAUGCAAUAAGGUGAUCUUCCUGAUGAGUUUCGUGGGGAAUCGAGGGACGUUCACACGAGGCUACAAGGCGAUUAUCUUGGACGUGGAGUUCCUCUAUCACCUGCUCUACCUCAUCAUCUGCAUCCUGGGGGUCUUCGUGCACGUCUUCUUCUACAGCCUGCUGCUGUUCGACUUGAUUUACCGGGAGGAGACUCUGCUCAACGUGAUCAAGAGCGUGACGAGAAACGGACGCUCCAUCGUGCUCACGGCCGUGCUCGCGCUCAUCCUGGUCUAUCUCUUCUCCAUCGUCGGCUACAUCAUCUUCAAGGACGACUUCAUCCUGAACGUCGAUCGGAUACCCAACCGGACUCUCGAGCAUACCGGUACAGUGAUAAGCGAGUUCCUGUCAGGUGAAUUCUGUCUAAAAGAAAGUGGAGAGAACUGCUCAACUGAGACCACAGUAGAAACCACGUCGGCACUGGUGGUAGAGGACAAGGAGCGGGCCUGCGACUCUCUGCUCAUGUGCAUUGUGACCGUCCUCAGCCACGGCCUGCGCAGCGGUGGAGGGGUCGGGGAUGUGCUCCGAAAACCAUCGAAAGAGGAGCCGUUGUUUGCGGCCAGGGUGAUCUAUGACCUGCUCUUCUUCUUCAUGGUCAUCAUCAUCGUCCUCAACCUGAUCUUUGGUGUCAUUAUCGACACCUUUGCUGACCUGAGAAGUGAAAAGCAGAAAAAAGAGGAAGUGCUCAAGACCACUUGCUUCAUCUGUGGCCUGGAGAGGGACAAGUUUGAUAACAAGACGGUAACAUUUGAAGAGCACAUCAAAGUGGAGCACAACAUGUGGCAUUACCUGUUCUUCAUCGUGCUGAUCAAAGUGAAGGACUCAACCGAAUACACUGGACCUGAGAGCUACGUGGCUGAGAUGAUCAGGGACCACAACCUGGAUUGGUUUCCUCGGAUGCGAGCCAUGUCUCUGGUGAGCAGCGACGCAGAAGGUGAGCAGAACGAGAUCAGGAAUCUGCAGGAGAAACUCGAGUCCACCAUGAAACUCGUCUCCAACCUGUCCAGCCAACUGACCGAGCUUAAAGAGCAGAUGACAGAGCAGCGCAAACAGAAGCAGAGGAUCGGCCUCCUUGGACAUCCCCAUGCGAACCCACAACAACCUGCCUGAGUUUGUGUGUGUAUGAAAUUAUGUAAAAUAAUAAACUAUGUAAAAAUCCUGAUAUAUUUAAUGAAUUUUGCCUCUUCAUGGGUUAAACUGGGUGCCAAACGUUUUGACAUGGCAGUAAAUGUAGAUCAUGUUAAUAAGACUUGGAUGUUGGGGCUUUACAGGACAGUAUGACUGCUCAGAAAUGUGUGUGUGUGUGUUUGGGGUAAAACAGCGUUUUGUACUCGAUCAGUACAGGAAGCAGUAUUUUAUGUCUUAUUUUUGUAUUUUGUGCAAUAUUAAUACUUUAUAAUAAUUAUGCAACCUCUGAGCUGUAAUGUGUCCUGGAGAGACGAUCGUCCGUGUACGAUGAUUUUUCUCUGCCUGAUGAUCGUACUGUAAUGUCGUAGAAGCAGAGUUGUUUUUCUGUACUGUAUUAUUAUAUUUAUUUUAAACGUUAAUGUUGUUUAAAGAGACUGUAUAACACACCACAGCGUGACGUUUAGUUUUCUCUGCUUUGUUUUAUUAUUAUUAUUAUUAUUAGUUCUGUUGUAUGUUAAAUCUGUGGUUUAACAGGUCGUCAUAUUUGUGUUUGGUGAAAAAUAAGAUUAGCAUUAAAGCAUUGAAGCUGUUUAGCUUUGGUAAGCCUAGCUUCUGUUUUCAUGCUAGAUGACAUUAAUAUAUAGAACAUUUAUAAAUAAUAGAACCCGUGUCUUUAGGCUCAUUAGAGCCUCGUGUUAUAUGUGCCUGCUGUGAGAGACGAGGAGAUCGUGGAGGAGAAACGUCUCUCUAUAGUAUUAAUAGUACUUUGCGAAAGCUUGACAGUGUAAUAAUCUCUCUACAGGAGAGAGUGAGCGCUCAGAACGCCGCUCACACCGCCGUGUAUAUACGUUAGUCUAGUCUCUGCUUUUGUAUAGAUACAGUUUACCUGGAGGCUUUAUAGAAAUGAAUGUUAUUAAGAGAUUCAUUUUAUCCUGAUGUAGAGCUAACGAGACUGCACAUCCAUCCAACAGGAUUUAAUAAAAUGUGGAAUUAACCUUUAAA